AUGGUAUUUUGUGAAGCGUUUUUGGUAAACGACAAUGGUGAGCGAAAUGAUAAUGACAAUGAAUGCUGGAAGCUCCGAAUAUUUAGAGAGCAUCCUGAAAUGAGAAUGACCAUUUCACAAAAACCUUAUCUCGUGGGACUUACCUUCACCGUAGCCAUUAGUGGCCUUCUCUAUGGCUAUGAUAUCGGUUUUAUACCAGAGGCCCUCCUCUAUAUUAAAGAGGAUUUUGAGUCUAUCAAUAACAGUAGUGUUCUUCAGGAAUUAAUUGCCGGCACGGCAUUGAUCGGAGCUAUCUAUGGGUUGAUUGUGGGAGGUGUAGUAAAUGACGGGUGGGGGAGGAAGAAGGCGACGUUGAUGGCUGAAUGCAACUUCAUGAUAGGAUCAUUGGUGAUGGCUUUAGCACCAAUCCCUUGUGUGAUCAUGUUUGGACGCUUUUUGGUGCGACUUAAUGUUGGUGCUGCCUCUGUAACAGUUCCUGUCUACAUUGUUGAAGUUUCUCCUUCUGAAGUCCGAGCAGGGUUAGCUAGUGCCAAUGUCCUCUUGAUUACCAGUGGACAGUUCCUUUCUUAUCUCAUCAAAUAUGCCCUAACAGAGGUUCCUGGGACAUGGAGCUGGAUGCUUGGACUUGCAGGUUCAUCUGCUCUCUUUCAGCUUGUUCUCAUUCUCUUUCUUCCUAAGUCUCCCAGAUGGCUUUAUCUGAAGGGGGGUGUGUGUGUAAAAGAGUAA